AUGGAGCCCCGCAAGACCCCUCCGGAGUACUUCCUGGAGAUCUUCGCCGACACCACUACAGUGCGCGAUGUACUGAAAGGCGUUCUCAACCUCAUCUUCUUCCACCGCUACUUCCCCUCGAUUCGCCCCGUCACCUUUGAUGUCUUAGACUUCACCCUCCCCGCGAUCAACGAUGCAGACCUCGAAACACUGAUCGAGUCUCGUGUGAGCGCCCUCGUGCGCCAUCACCUUUCCUCAGCUGCGGGGGCGCAGGAUGGCAAGGUCGGUGGGGGCGGGGGUGGAGUACGCGGUCGCAUCGCUGUAGAGUUCUACGAGAAGAAGCGUCGUCGCUCGGGCCUUUGGUUUGGCGGAUUGGCUGGAAAGGGGGAGGAAGAGGUGUGCUGGGAGAUCUGGACGUUGGAUGUAACUAUCGCUACGCCGCGGACCGAGUCUGAACGAGCAAAAGUCCGCAAAGCCAUGGCCAAUAUGCUCCAAAAGGCCGCGCUGAAGAUUCUCAACGUCGUCAAUCGCGACAAGGACCACAUCCCGCCCAUUACCACCAGCGAUUCAAACCCCUUCCCCUACCGCAUUGUUGUCAAUCCUCGGACUGAUGGCUGGGGUAACCGUAUUGGACUGUACUAA